CUUUAUAUUUCUUUAGGUUUGGCCAAAACAUCAUCACAUCACCAUCAUUAAUAUCAUGAAAAAAAAAUUGUGUAUCGAUAAAUUACUGUCUUUUUUCAAUAAUUAUUAAUUUAGGCUACAAAUACUGUACAAUGUUCUAUUGAACAAAAUGUUCAGCUGGUAAAUAUGGCAUUUUACAAACACAUGCUUGCAAACAGCCCUGCAGGGGGCACACAUGAUAUGUAGCUAAUAAAGAUUAAUUACAGUAGGGGUUCUCAAUUAUUUUCUGUCAUUACCCUCCCCCCCACCCCCAUGGACAGAAAGUGACAAUGAAUACAUUGCCACACAAACCGAGUCAUAUAAAUAUUUAAGGUAAUUGGCAAUAAGGGUUGUCUCUUGCAAUAGGAGGAAACAAAGACAACAAUCGCUAUCAAGCCCAUAUGGUUAAUGAGGUACAUAUUUCUGUCUUCAGUGACCAAAGGUGUAAAUAUGAGUGAGAAUGUGCAUUUGAAAUGUUCUGUGUGACCCUGAGGUUAACUGAAAACUUGGGUGUCAACCCUGUAAUUGUUAAUUAAAUUCAUUAUUAAAGAUUGAAAGCAGUAAAUAAAUGAAACACUACAAUUGUAAUAAAAUGAUGGAAAGGGAUCCCCCGCAGUGUCCAGUGGUAUGAAAUGAACACCCCCAAGAUUUACACUCAACAGUGAUCUGAGAUCACCUGUUGGAGGUGGGGCAGAAAGAGUUGUGUGUUUUAGGUAUGUUUCUCUAUGUUGCUAUGAGAUUGAUGUCACAGUGUUCACCAUCUGUGUAUCCGCUGAGAUUAAAAAUGUUACUAUAAAAGAGCAACCACAAAUUCAGAUACCACUCCUAAAGAAAAAGACAGAAGAGUGAGGUAUGAAUUCGUUAACGUCAGGAUCACAUUCAUGUUUGACGGCAUUCAUAGAUGCAUACUUGUUUAUGCUUACACUUGUUUGGUCAAAUUUCACUUCACUUAAGUGUUUAUAAUUUCUUUCAGGUUGAUGGAAAACUUUACAUUGAACAGCUUCCUGCUGCAGCUGGAGGACUUGAACCUGUCAGAGGACGCUCUGUACCCCGUCUUCCUCUGUUUCCUCCUGUUCUACUUGUUUAUAAUCAUUGUGAAUGUGGGCAUCAUUCUCCUCAUUUUCACUGACAGGAAGCUUCACCAGCCCAUGUACCUUCUUUUCUGUAACCUUUCUGUAAAUGACAUUGUUGGCAACUCCCACACCGUGCUCAUGACCAUGGCCUUUGACAGGUACGUGGCCAUCUGUAACCCCCUGCGCUACAGCGUCAUCAUGACCAACAGAAUGGUGGUCAAGCUGACAGUGUCUGCCUGGGGGGUGGCCUUUGUGUUGGUGGGGAUUCUGCUGGGUCUGACAGUGAGGCUGAACAGAUGCAGGACUCUGAUCAUGAAUCCUUACUGCGACAACGCCUCUCUCUUCAAACUGUCCUGUGAGAGCGUCUUCAUCAACAACGUCUACGGCCUGACCUUCACCGUGGUCUUGUUCACAGCCUCCAUCGGCAGCAUGGUUCUCACCUACGCUAAGAUCAUUGUGGUGUGUCUGACCAGUAGAAACAAGUCUCUGAACAGUAAAGCUCUGAAGACCUGCAGCACUCAUUUGGUCCUGUAUCUGAUGAUGCUGAUCAGUGGCUUCAUCGUCAUCAUCCUCCACCGUUUCCCUCAGUUCUCCUUCUACAGGAAACUCAGUGCCAUUCUGUUCCACAUCAUCCCUGGAAGCCUUAACCCUGUUAUUUAUGGAGUGCAGUCUGCAGAAAUCUGUAGAUCCAUGUCCAGACUCUUUCAAUUCAAAACAGUUAACGCUUUCAAAUGAUUUCAUUCUGCACAGAUCUGAGCUCAGAUGAACUGUCUGUUAAAAGCACAGCACUUAAUAUCUGUGGCCUGGUCCAAAAGGUUAAACUGACUUUUCUAAACAAAAUUUAAAUUCAGUUUAAGAGGUAUUUUCUGUCAUUAUUUUAUUGGAUUACAAGUUUUAUUAAAACUGUUUUAUUGACAUAGCACAUUUUACACUUGGGCCCUGAUUGCAUAAGGUCCUUACUACAUUAUAUUAUUAAAAUCUUGCCUUUGAGUUUUCAUGUGAGUUACUAAAGGUUUUAUCAUUCAUUAAAUCAUUUCAGAAUUUACCAUAAAUAAUAAUUCACAAGCAUUACUUUACACAAAGUAAACAUAGAAAAUACACAGUAUGGAAAAGAUUUCAAACCACUAGUAGCAGUACUAAAAUAGUUCUGCAUCAGUCAUUAAUACAUUAAACAACGCACAUGAUAUUUUGAAUUCAAAAAAUAGUUUUUUAACUAUUAUAAACAGCUUUUAAGAGUAUCUACUUAUUAUUAGAACUUGAGUUCAGAAUCACAAGUAAGUAAAACCUGAGUUGCAUCUUAAAAACAACUCACUAAACCUACAUAUGUACACUCACAAGUCAUAAGUGUAAAUAUGUGCAAAAAACUGGAGAACAGAAAUAUUUCAAACAAAACUCUUUUUUUGGUGGCACUAAGGUGGAUUUUUGUCAGUAAUGAGUGUAAAAGGUAUUCAAGCAAUGUCUGUAUAUAAGCAAUGCUGGUAAAAAAAUAAAUAGAUAAACUGUUUUCUUAGUGACCCUCCCUCAGGGCAGUUUGUGUGUGUGAGUGUGUGUUGGGAAAGGACCCUCCUUCCUUUUUUAUUGGGACUUUGUCUUGGUUCCUUUGUACUCCAGCAUUUGUUGUUUGGAUUAUUUCAAUCCUAUUCAUUUAAUUCUAUUGAUUCAAUCUUAUUUCUCAGCACACAAUGAUUAUUAAACUUUUAGCAGCCUUUAAACAGAGCUUUGUUUUGCUGAUAAACAAAUGAUAUAUUUUGUAAAGUAUGAUGUAAUUCCAAAAACAGCAAACU